CGGGGCGCCGGAGGGAUGAUGUUCGGGCUGCCCCCGUCCGGGGCCGACAUGAACCAGCCGCGCGGCCCGAUGACGUCGCUCAAGGAGGAACCGCUCGGGGCCCGCGCCUGGAUGCAGCCGGCCGUCGAUCAGGCAAAUUUGGGCAUCGGACGGGCCCACUUCGAGAAGCAACCGCCAAGCAACCUGCGGAAGUCGAACUUCUUCCACUUUGUCGUGGCGCUGUAUGAUCGGGCCGGGCAACCCAUCGAAAUCGAGCGGACCGCUUUCAUCGGUUUCAUCGAGAAGGACCAGGAAUCGGACGGUCAGAAGACAAACAACGGCAUCCAGUACCGGUUGCAGCUACUCUACGCUAAUGGUGCCCGCCAGGAACAGGAUAUCUUCGUGCGACUGAUCGAUUCCGUAACGAAACAGGCCAUCGUCUACGAAGGACAGGACAAGAACCCGGAGAUGUGCCGAGUACUGCUGACGCACGAGGUCAUGUGCAGCCGAUGCUGCGACAAAAAGAGCUGCGGAAAUCGCAACGAAACACCGUCUGAUCCUGUGAUUAUCGAUCGAUUUUUCCUUAAGUUUUUCCUCAAGUGCAACCAAAACUGUCUGAAGAAUGCUGGCAACCCGCGGGACAUGCGACGAUUUCAAGUAGUGAUAGCGACCCAGGUGGCCGUGGACGGGCCUCUGCUGGCCAUCUCGGACAACAUGUUCGUCCACAACAACAGCAAGCACGGGCGCCGGGCGAAGCGGAUCGAUCCCGAAGGUACAGCCAACUCACCCUUGGCAAUGUCGGGCCACCAUCUGGCCCCGGACAGUACGUACGACGGCAUCUACCCGCCGCUGCCGAUGGCUACGCCCUGCAUCAAGGCCAUCUCACCGAGCGAAGGCUGGACCACGGGCGGUGCCCAGGUGAUUAUCGUCGGUGAUAACUUCUUCGACGGGCUGCAAGUCGUCUUCGGGACGAUGCUGGUCUGGAGUGAGCUUAUCACCUCGCAUGCGAUCCGAGUUCAAACGCCACCCCGCCACAUACCAGGAGUCGUCGAGGUAACCCUCUCCUACAAGAGCAAACAGUUCUGCAAGGGUUCGCCCGGACGCUUUGUCUAUGUCUCCCUCAGCGAACCGACGAUUGACUAUGGGUUCCAGCGACUCCAGAAGCUGAUCCCGCGCCACCCGGGUGAUCCGGAGAAGCUACCGAAGGAGAUCAUUCUGAAACGGGCCGCGGACCUAGCGGAGGCACUCUACUCGAUGCCUCGCUCCCCGAACAGCUCGUCCGGCUUCAAUUCCUACAGUGGCCAGCUGGCGGUUAGCGUGCAAGAUGGCACCGGUCAGUGGACUGAAGACGAGUACACUCGGGCCCAAAGCAGUAGCGUUAGUCCCCGGGGUGGAUACUGUAGCAGCGCCUCGACGCCGCACUCGUCCGGUGGCGGAUCGUACGGAAGCAGCAACGGGUACACAACGGCACCCAACAUGACCGGGCUGUCGUCUUCGCCUGCCAGCGUCUUCAAUUCCACCACAAGAAUCAACGGUCUGAUGAGUGGCGGCAGUGGCUUCAGUCCGUACUCGAUGACGACUUGCGGCACCCAAGGAUACACCCCAAGUCCGCUGGCGGCAACCACCACGACCAAAUGAGCCACGCAGCCAACCGAUGGUGAACCGAACGAUUAGUUUGUAAAAACAGUCACCAUCACCGAGAAUGU